AUGCCCCCACUAUGGCCCUCGUCGCCGCCUCUCCGCCGCGCGUGCGCCGUCGCCUGUUGGGCGCUCGUGGCCACGUCGCGCGUCCGCAGCGCAAACGUCACGACGCACCCGACCAAGUCGGGCAUUGGCGUGUGGGUGGACCCCGACACGCCGCGCGACCGCUACGUGUACCUGAGCUCGCGCGGGCGGCCGUGGGACCUCGUGAUGAGCGACGAGUUCAACGUGGCGAACCGGAGUUUCCGCCCGGGCGACGACCACAUGUGGACGUCGCUGGAAAAACCCGACGGCGUCAACGGCGCGCUCGAAGUCUACUCGCACAACAUGACGUCCACGGCGUGCGACGACGACGGCACGUGCUACUUUUUCAUCCGCGCGGUCGACGAAGUGACGUCCGUGCGCGUGUACAAUAUGUACAAACACCCGCCGGCGUUCGAAGAACUCCCUGGCGUCACGGACCCGGCCUCGGGCAACCCCGACGCGAAGCUCGGGCCCAGCGCCCGCGUCAUGAACACGGACUUUUACCCGACGUGGCCCGGGCUCUGGAUGCUCGGGAACCUCGGGCGCGCCAUCUUCUCGGCCUCGACGAACCGCAUGUGGCCGUUCUCGUACAACGAGUGCGACGACGACGUGUUCAACUCGUCGUUCCAGCGCAUCAGCGCGUGCGACGACGACCCGGGCUUUGGCCUGCACCCGCACCAGGGCCGCGGGGCCCCCGAGAUCGACGUGCUCGAGGGCGCGGGCACGACCGUGUCGGCGUCGGCGCAGAUUGGCCCGGGCAUGCCGGACGAGUACCGGCUGUUUUUCGUCGACCAGUCCACGGGCGACUCGGACUAUUGCCACUUUACCUACGAGUGCAACACGAUCGGGGCCAACCACGUUGACGUGCCGACGGCGUACUACGCCGCGCGGCGCGACCACAAGUCGUGGUACCAGGGCUUUCGCUACGGGGCCAACAACUUUUGCCGCCCGAACAACGCGAUGAAGCAGGACUUUGAGACGAUCGAAGCGUCGCUGGAAGCUGGGAUCACGAUCAACUCGUGCACCGUGGACAAGUGCCCCGGGUCGGGCGACGUGAACGGCGACCUGGGGCUCAUUGACGGCAAAGGACCCGGCCACUGGAACAUUAACACGAACGGCACGUGCUUUUCGCUCAUGAACUCGUACUUGGGCUCGUACUUGUGCGACCCGGACAACACCCAUAGCAAGUGUCCCGAGCCGCGCGACCCCAACACGACGGCCCCGGCCGGCGCCAUGAGUUCGUUCAACUACCAAAUGGACGCGCUGUCGUCGAAUUGGCCGCUGCAUUUUGGCGCGUACACGGGGUACCUUAUCUACCAAGUCGAGUGGGUGACGGGCAAGAAUGGCUACAUCCGCUGGAUGCUCCAUGGCGCGCCGUUGUUUGAAAUCCCGGCUGAGGCGGUCGAGAACGUGCCGCAGAGUGCGAAGAAGAACAAUCCGAAGAAAGUUACGAUUGAGGAGCCGCUGUACAUCAUUAUGAACGUGGCGCUCUCUAAGGAGUGGGGCUCGAUGCCCCCGGACCGAUGUUCCGUUGACUACAUUCGGCUGUACCAGGACCGAGGCACGGAUUUGGAGGACGACAACUACAUUGGCCGUGACAUGCGAUCCCGCCGAUCAUCCAACGAAGGAGUGGAUCGAGGGACACAUGGAAGAAUACCAGAAGACAAUGACAACAAGGUGGUAGAAGUCGGGGUCGUGGCGUGUUCAAGGUCUGCGCUAUCUGUCUACAAGGCCGUCACGAAAUCGGCGAAACAGUCGAAGGUUGCGAUGGCUGCAGGGAAUGCCCAGCGAAAGGCCGCGGCGAUCUCCGAGACUGGAUCGAACAGCGAAGGCAGUACCAACACGUCUCCGGUGUCGAAGGACAACCAUCGUCAGAACUUCGUCUAG